AUGUCUAACUUGAAUAGAGUCUUAGGAGAUCAAGGAAGAGCUUUAGUAAAUGGAAGUUUCCAAAACUAUCUGCAACCUACUCCGCAAGAUUUAGAUUUCUUGAUAAAUGAUUUAAGAUUCCCUCUGCCAGAUACUACCAUUCACAAACUUUUAGGUUAUUUAUACCAUUAUAUCCCUUAUGUUAAAUAUGAGCAUAAUCUCAAAUUGGUAGUAGCAAGCUUUCUUAACAAUCCAUUAUGCUUUUGCCAUGAGGGUGCUCCAUUUGAAUCCAAUUAUAUGAUCAUCGAAGUUUUCAAGUUGAUUGCAGACAAGAAAUUAAGAAUCUCCAAACCAACAUUGUCAAUUAAGUCGUGGUAUACAAUUAUUUUAAAAGAGAUCAACAAUUUUGCCCUUUUCAAUCCCCAAAUAAAUAGUUGGAAAGUAUUGCCUAUUAUUAGUGGUUUACUAUUAUCAAAUGACUUGAGAAAUAUGCUUUACACCAAAGAUUAUCCGCUUGAGUAUAGAUGGUUUUUCAAAGACUGGGAUGAAAAGAUAACGAAGCUAUUCAGAUACUGUUUGAAAUACACUCUUUCGGCCGUUCAUUCAGACGAUGUCAUCAACUUAACUUUGGUUAGUUUAGCAAUAACAUACAAAAAAGAAGAAGACAUUAGAGAUUAUACGCUGAACAUAUCUAGCAAUUUUAUCAUUUCGAGAUUGAUUCACUUGAUAUUUGGAGAAUCAGAUAUAUCAGCAGCUGUGUAUACGAAGUUCUUUUUUAUAAAUCCAGGAGAUUCACAAGCUGAAGAAAUAGCAAAGUCGGAGAUUAUGCUGAGGCCUGUAUUGAAACAACUAAACAAACUUUCAUUUUUACUAGAGAGUUACUUCAAGAGGCUCCCUAUCCAUGAAUCUUCAUUUCCCUUGAUUUUGGAUAGCUUGGAUAGAAUUCAUACAUUCAAUAAAGCGUUGUGCUUCUCAACUCAAGCAUCAUUUUUCAAUCAGAACCCUGUGCAAUCUACAGAUGGUACCGCAAAUGCCCUUAAUCAGCAAUUUUGGUACUUGAUGAAGACUCUUUUAUUCGCAGAAGUUGUUGUUUAUCAGGGCAUUUUAACAAGGUUUUUAACUUCAACAGCAGGUAAUAAUUUAACUUUCUUUUCAAAACUUUAUACUUCUAAAUCAUUUAAUUCAUUGGAGUUGGAAUACAAGCAAAUAUCUUUGAAAAUUUUGCAUAACCUAUAUUAUAUGAAUCACAUUUCACACUCCAUUGGACAGGGGGGCUUUGAUAGCUACAAUUUUGUCUAUUACUUGACCUUAGAAUUUGCCUUGAAUAAUGGGCCAUCUACGUAUGAAUUUGAAAACUUAACUAGGUUCUUGAUAGGAGAUUAUCAAGAAGUUAAUCUAUUUCCAGAUGUCAUCAACAAUAAUUAUAUUGUUCGUUGUAAAGUAUUGUUUGUUUUAGGAUUAUGGGAGAAUUAUUUGCAACAAGAAAAACAAAACCAAGCAUUUAUAAAGCAAGAAAUAUUUUCAGUAUGUCUUCAUUUAGUUGAUGAUUCCAUAUUUGUUGAUCCUGAAUUAAUUGAAGCAAGUCAUUCAGUCCUUUUGAUUUGCUUUUCCAAUGAAAAAAAUAGUACUAGUCUAAAAGAAUCAACUGAAUACGUUCAAUUGCUCAUCAAACAAUUCCCGAGGUUAUUAUCCCCGAACCAAUUAAGCAUUGGGGUAGAAACUGUUGGAAAGAAGAUAUUAUCUAAUCCAAUCUCCUAUAGUGAAGGUUUUCAUGCUAAUUCAGUUGACGAAUUUUUGAACUUUUUAUAUUUUGCUUGUCUACAUGCAAGAUCUGGAAUUUCUAUAGACUCACAUGAGAGUACUAAUGAAGUUGCAUUUGCAUCAGCACAGCCAAUAUCUGAAAUUGCUGCAUCGUCUACCAUGAGCCAUUUAGAUAAGAAAAAGAAUGAAAACACUGAUAUCAUCCGUGCCAAUAAGAGAAAGAAGCCGAAAGCAAUAGUCAAUUUAAGAUUGCCAAAAAACAAUUCCUCCAAAGACUACAAGUUUGAAAGACGUACAAAGCCUGAAACAACUAGAGAAGCUUUGAUUGUCUCUACAAUAAACUUAAUCCCUUACUUGCCGUUAUCAAUAUUUACGAAAUGGCUAAAUAAGAUUUGGAGUACGAUAGAAAUGAGUAACGCUCGUGAAAUUCCAUAUUUGACAUCAAUGUUAUGGAAGGUUCUUAGUGAAAACAUGGACUUGAAUAGAUGUGAAAUCGGUUUCAGGUGGUGGUACGAAUCAAAACGAGCUGCAGAGAACCUUGAACUUUCAUUAUUGAAGCUUUAG